CCCUGGGGCGGAGGUAGAUCCGAGGUGUGAGAAGACAUGGUGAGCAAAGAAACAGGUGGUAGGUCACGGUAAAUGCAGAAAACUGUAAAAAAGCCAAGAACCAAAGCCCACCUCCCCAAGCCUGAAGCCUGAAACCCUAAGCCUGUGGCAGACCCCUGGAAACUACAGCUCCCGUGAGGCUCUGCGCGGCGCGCACGCGCCUUCGCAUGCUUGGUGUGCGUGGCCGUUCUAGAACGUCGCGUCGAGGGCCUGGGCGCCAUGUUGGGGCCUAGGGGACAGCGGAGAGACGCUUGAACCGGCGGGAGCGGGUCCGACCUGGAAGGAGCCCCGCCCCUCCCGCCCCCGCGGAUCAUGACCCGGGCAGCGGCCGAGGAGGUCGCGGUGGCGGGGAGCGUGGCGUGGCUGGGCCAGCGCUAGAGACGAUGCCCUUUCCGGCGGCAACCCCGGGCUCACAACAGACCCCGCCGCCCCCCAAGCUCUACGGCAUCUCCUCCCCCAUCAGCCUGGCCGCCCCCAAGGAGGCAGACUGCGUGCUCACGCAGAAAUUAAUCGAAACCCUGAAGCCCUUCGGGGUUUUGGAAGAGGAAGAGGAACUGCAGCGCAGGAUUUUAAUUUUGGAAAAAUUAAAUAGUCUGGUAAAAGAAUGGAUACGAGAAAUCAGCGAAAGCAAGAGCCUCCCUCCAGCUGUAAUCGAAAACGUCGGAGGCAAAAUCUUUACGUUCGGCUCCUACCGACUGGGCGUGCACACCAAGGGGGCCGACAUCGACGCGCUGUGCGUCGCGCCGAGGCACGUCGACCGGAGUGACUUCUUCACCUCCUUCUACGACAAGCUGAAGCUGCACGAAGAAGUAAGGGACUUAAGGGCUGUCGAGGAGGCCUUCGUACCGGUUAUCAGACUGUGCUUCGAUGGGGUAGAGAUCGAUAUUUUGUUCGCAAGGUUGGCACUGCAGACUAUCCCAGAAGAUCUGGACCUCAGAGACGACAGUCUGCUUAAAAAUUUAGACAUUAGAUGCAUAAGGAGCCUUAACGGUUGCCGGGUAACGGACGAAAUAUUACACCUGGUACCAAACAUCGACAACUUCAGGUUAACUCUCCGAGCCAUCAAACUGUGGGCCAAGUGCCACAACAUCUACUCCAACAUACUGGGUUUCCUGGGAGGGGUUUCCUGGGCCAUGCUGGUGGCCAGGACGUGCCAGCUGUACCCCAAUGCAGUGGCAUCGACCCUGGUGCGUAAGUUUUUCUUGGUGUUUUCUGAGUGGGAGUGGCCAAACCCAGUGCUGCUGAAAGAGCCCGAAGAGCGAAAUCUUAAUUUGCCUGUGUGGGACCCAAGAGUGAACCCCAGUGACAGGUACCAUCUGAUGCCUAUAAUCACCCCCGCGUACCCCCAGCAGAACUCCACGUACAACGUGUCGGUCUCCACGAGGAUGGUCAUGAUUGAGGAGUUUAAGCAAGGGCUCGCUAUCACACACGAGAUUUUGCUGAGUAAGGCAGAGUGGUCCAAGCUUUUCGAAGCUCCAAGCUUCUUUCAGAAGUACAAGCAUUACAUUGUGCUCCUAGCAAGUGCACCCACGGAAAAACAGCACCUAGAAUGGGUGGGCUUGGUGGAGUCAAAAAUCCGAAUCCUGGUGGGAAGUUUGGAGAAGAAUGAGUUUAUCACCCUGGCACAUGUGAAUCCUCAGUCGUUUCCAGCGCCCAAAGAAAAUCCCGACAAGGAAGAGUUUUGUACAAUGUGGGUGAUCGGGUUAGUGUUGAAAAGGCCGGAAAAUUCUGACGUGCUCAGUAUUGAUCUCACCUACGACAUCCAGUCUUUCACUGACACAGUUUACAGGCAGGCGAUAAACAGUAAGAUGUUUGAGAUGGAUAUGAAGAUCGAUGCAAUGCACUUGAGAAAAAAGGAGCUCCACCAGCUACUGCCUAACCACGUGCUUCAGAGAAAGAAAACGCAUUCUGCGGAGGACGUCGGGUUGGUGGCCUUGAGUGACAGCAGUCCCGACUUGUCUGCAGCCAGUGAGAACAGCAGGGCUGCUGCGAAGGCCGGCACUGUCCCUGGCGCCUGUCAGGGCAGGGACAGUCCCACCCUGGCUGUCAUGGCAGCGUCCGUGACCAGCGUGCACGUCACCGAAGUGUCCUUGCAGCAGGUGAGCCCCAGCGAGGACGCACGGGGCGCGCCGGGUGACGGCCUGCCUCCGACGGGCCCCCAGGCAGCCAUCUCCCCGCCACCAAAGCCCUCGAUCGCCAGAGUGGUUUCCUCCACACUUCUGGUGAGCCACCCCCCCAGGCCCUCGGGGGGCACAGCAGCCAGCAUGGCGAACCCUAUCGUGGGAGUCUAGAGGACGGCCUCACCUCGUCAAGAGGAAGGACCAAGGGAGCCAGAACAGAAGAGGAACCAUUUCCAAAAGAGACGGUACAGCCCAGCUUGGCACUUCUCGGACAGCAGCUUCUCCGCAGGCCUGGCAGGGGGCAUCCGGGACAGACCUUUCCAGUAUCCUUGCCCUCUCUGCAAACCCUGUUUCGUUAUCAGGAAUUCAAUAAAACAGAUUGGACUGAUAAAA